CGCAUGCGCAGGCCGACCGGGCGCGAGCCGGCAGUCCCCGCGCGCUCCCGCCGUUCCUCUCCCCACCGUGGCCGCGGCGCGGGAAGGGCAGCGAGCAGCCGCGAUGGCCGACGAGAUUGCCAAGGCUCAAGUGGCCCAACCCGGCGGCGACACGAUCUUCGGCAAGAUCAUCCGCAAGGAAAUCCCCGCCAAGAUCAUCUUCGAGGACGACAGGUGUCUUGCUUUUCAUGACGUUUCCCCUCAAGCACCAACACACUUUCUGGUGAUACCCAAGAAGCAUAUAUCCCAGAUUUCUGUAGCAGAAGAUGAUGAUGAGAGUCUUCUAGGACAUUUAAUGAUUGUUGGCAAGAAGUGCGCUGCAGAUCUGGGCCUGAAGCGGGGUUAUCGGAUGGUGGUGAAUGAAGGUGCAGACGGGGGACAGUCUGUCUAUCAUAUUCAUCUUCAUGUUCUUGGGGGUCGGCAGAUGAAGUGGCCUCCUGGUUAAGCAGGCUGGGGUUAAUUUUCCCUUCUCUAGGUAGAGAUUCAUUUGGUAAGCUCUAGUGCAUUAAAUGACACACACAGUUUUGCCUGAACAUGGAGAAAUUGAAGCGAUCAUUCAAAACUUCUGUACCUAAUAAAAGAUGUUGCUGCA